AGGUUGGUACGUCUCCCUGACAACGAGGAACCGCAAGAACCCUGAAAAGAUUUUGGCUGUAAACUUCGUUUGGUGAGGGUCACUGGUGUGGAUCAGUCAUAACGUAUACUUUUAGAAAUAAUAUUCAGUACGUAACCCAAUCCAAGGAUGCAGUGAGGUGGAGCCAACCCUGGAUGGAUUGCACAUCCAUUGGGAGAGUCCUCUAAUAUAACAUUCUUAGACUUGUAGUCUGUAGGAUGGCCGAGCCGACAGAACCAAAAAAAGAAGAGGCGGAUUACAAGAGAGUGCACAGCUUCCCUCUCAUCCGGCACACAGACAUGCCAGAAGAAAUGAGGGUGGAAACAAUGGAACUGUGCGUCACCGCCUGUGAAAAAUUUGCCACAAACAAUGAGAAUGCUGCAAAGAUGAUCAAGGAGACGAUGGACAAGAAGUUUGGGUCUUCAUGGCAUGUAGUCAUCGGGGAGGGCUUUGGUUUCGAAAUUACCCACGAAGUCAAGAACUUGUUGUAUAUGUUCUUUGGAGGGAGCUUGGCGGUCUGCGUGUGGAAGUGCUCCUAGACAACCAGACUGGACUCCUUUGCUGAACUCGUGCAUACUUCCUACCCAAAACUAUCCCUCAAACCUUUGUUUCUCUUCAUUACCAGCAAUGGUGCUUUCUGUCUUUUUCUUUCCCUUGACCUGAUGGGAGAUUCUACACCAGAAAGAUGUUAAAUGAGAUGGAUCAUAUGUCAGCUUAUGCCAUGAACCACUUUGUUACACACUUGUGUGUGUGCAUGAUUAAUGGGCACAUCACGCACAUGAGCAUAAGCUCAAGAUUUUGCCCUGGAGGAAAAGAUGAUCAACUACUUCCCUUUUCAGCUUCAUUAUUUUCAGGCUUUUUGAUAACAAGGGGAUGAAUGUUGUUCUGUUUGAGCCACACUAUCACCUGCUCUCUCUGUCUCUCUCCCCGUCUUCCUUCUCCUAUCGACUAUUGAAUUAUUAACUGUCAGACGUCUACAACCAAGCGGCUGAUUACCUCAUGAAGUCAGAAGAUGGCUGUGCAGUUUGGCUCUUUCUCCAAGAAACAAAUUCCUUCUACCUACAUAUUUUCUUUCUUGUCCUUCGUUGCACACCAUGUUUGUUGGAAAGGUGUAGGCCAUUGAUCCAAUGCUGUCAAGCUAGGCAUCACCCUUUUUGUAGCAAUUUGCCUUAAUUUUAAUGCAUUCUGUCUUUUUUGUCAGUGGUUUUAUGGUAUUUAAUUUUUUGGACAUACUAUUUGUUAACAGUAAAAUUAACAGCAUCGAUAUUGUUAGCCCAUAGAAUGUAUUGAAUAAAAAAGGGAAAGUGAGGAAGGGAUGUGAACAUUUGCAAAACUACCCCAUGUUCCUUUUUGAAAACUGCGGGUCAAAUUUGCCAGUUCAUUUUUAUGAACUGUUUUCAGCUCUUCCCACUUUACCUGUAAUAAAUUGAUAGCCAGACUCGCCUCGAGCAGGCAACCUCAGAAAUCAACUACCCUUUGUGUUAGAUUUCAUCAAAUCUGCUUAUCUAAAUGAGAUUUGUCCCCUUGGUCAAGAGGAAUGGCCCCUGGGAUUAUCCUGCUUCCAGUGCAUAUGGAAAGCAGAAGGUACGAGAUGAUUCUAAGUGGGGUAAUCCUCCUGGGCAGUUUUAAUUUGAUAACGGAAGGCCCACUGCAAAGUCUACAUCUUUGAACUGGUGAUGACUGGCACACCCUCAAGAGUCCUUAACUUUGGGGAUAACUGGAAUAUCCUCAAAGUCCACAUCCCUGAAAUUGUGAUGAAUCUCAGACUCUGCAUCUUUGACGUGGUGAUGACUGGCACAUCCUCAAAGUACUCAUCCUUAUUUUAAUGGGCGUGAUGCCAAGUAGAGUUGAACACAAUACUAGCCAAGAUUCUCACAACAUUUGCCCCCAGAAACACAGCAUCACCUCCCAUGCAAUUCCAGAUGACUGUGGCCAGCAGACCAUGAGAUGUGCCCACUGAGAUUUCAACAAUUGUGAACUCAUGCCCAGCCAAAGAGGGGCAUACAGGAAACUAAUUCUAAACUGCAGGAUUUUAGAAAAUUUCAUAGGGUAAGAAUGUAUGAUCUAAACCCAGGCUAGAGAAUUGUGAAAGGGACUCCUGCUCUGUGCAUGCAUAUGAAACAUUCAGAAUGAUGACCCCACACAGUGGUCGUGUCUUCCAUUAUCGGUGGCCACACUCCAUUACAACAACAAUGCUCAUUUUCUUUUUUUAUAAAUAUAUAUGUAUAGUGUAUAUUUCAAUUAAACUGAUUGUGCUCUUUA